AUGGGUCAGAAAAUCAAUCCUGGUAGCAAGGCUUCGAGAGCACAGCUUCAUGUUGGUGACAUUGUAGAGACAGUGAAUGGUGUCAGGACAGGGGAUCUACCUGUUUCUCAAGCACAGAAACUAUUACAUAACAAUUCAAAUGAUCUACAACUCAGAAUACACAGAAGUCAGUCAUCAGUGAACGGAUCGUACCAUCCGAAUGGGAAGAUGUCUUCUCAGUCCAGUCUCAUCGUCACAAAUGACUCGGGGUUCUCUGGAACAGGUUCACCCACGUCCCCUCCAAUGAGUCCAACCAAUGGGUUUCAAAUGAGUCCAUCAAAGCAAAAAGGAUGGGUUCUUACUGACAUGACGACGGGCUUUCUGCCCAAGUCACGUGGUGCUGCCCUCUUUGAACGAAGAAAGAAGAUGCAAGAAGAACGUGAACAAGGAGGAGUUCCGCCGCCUUCUGUGAUGGAUAUCCCCACCAACAACAACAACCAACGCAAAGAUGAAGAUGAAUUCUGGCCACCGCCUCCCCCUCCUGAUGAAAGUAUAUGGCCGCCCUCCGAAGGUGGCGUGUCGGUUGACCGAGUUCCUGAUCAGAUGGCCCCGCCUCCGCCCCCGCUGAGGAAGGAUGAAGGCAUUGCUCCUGUCUGGACACCAGGUGGUGGCCCAUCGGUCAAGAAAGAAUUCAAGCCGGUCAAACUAGAUCUCUCCAACAGGCCUAAGAUCAGCUCUGUCAAUCCACCGACCUACUCAUCACCUGCUGCUCAUACAUGGAGCCCUUCCAAUCAGGGGGUUACCUCCCCUCACCCCCCUAUCACCCCUCAAUCCAAUCAACCACAGUACACACAACCCAUGGCUGUAGACACCCUCCCAGACCCCUCCCACAUACUCUCCCCUGGGUAUGUUUCACCCCGCUCCCCAAGCCAACAACCCCACCCCCCUCCACCACCUCAGUUUGCUGGGGAGGGGCCUGCCUCUCCCCGCCCUCCAGUCUCAAGAGCUGUGCCUGUGAGCCCCGCUGGGGCAGUGCCUUAUCAACCAGGGGGGCAAGUGCCGGUUGAAGGAAUGUCCAAUGGGUAUGGCUUUCUACCAGCCAGUGCUGUGUUGUCUGGAUCACCAGGUGCUAUUCAAUCAGAUUUGUUGACAUGGGGUCAACAGCCAGGCCCCGCCCUGUCUACGUCGACCAAUGGCAAUUCCACGAUCAUCCUUGAUCCAUCAAACCUUCCUCCCGGUGCACUGUUCCAGAAACAGACAAUAGAGGGCGAUGUAGUGCACACCGAUACUUUCUACCCAGUACAAGGUGUGACAAGGAAAACGUCAACUGUGGUGAAACAUGAAGCACCAAACUACGAGGGUAUCGGCCCGAGGGACAAAGAUGGCUUACCGCUCGGUCUAAGACAGCAUGUAAAAGAAGACAACAGACACGACUGGUACAAGGAAAUGUUCAAGUCUAUUCAUAAACAAGACAGAGAUGAAGAUGAUAGUGAUGAUAUUUCAAUCUCACAGAAUGUAGAAGAUGACAGCUCUGAUAGCGUGUUUAUGAGUGAGAGUGAUGUAAUGCAUGCACCUGCCAAAGAUGACUGGAAGAAAGAAGAUCCUAGGAAUAAUGAACCAGAGACAGUGGUGAAGAACACACCUUCAUAUCGUGUACAGCCGGGUAGAAUACAGAACUUUGUACCAGGAAAGUCAGCCCUAGCAGCUCAUGAGAAAAGUGUCCAAGCAAAGAAAGAUGGUCUACUUUAUUAUGAAGGAGGCCGGCGUGGAUCUGCUCCUGGCUCAGGCUCGGGCUAUGCUUCUGAUGAUGAAGCUAGGAAGGGCUAUCAUACCUUCGUCAAAUCUGGUGAGCUGCCCAAUACAUCUGGUUUCGGCUUCGGUGCUCCAAAGGCUCGUAGAGAGACCAAGACAUCCACAGCAGGCCCAAUUCAGCCUUCAUUACAACCUCCAUCAAAUCAACAACCUCCUACAACAACAUCAUCACUAUCCUCUCCCUCGCCCUCGUUGUCCCCCGCCCUGCACGGCGGCGCCCCGCCUCCCAUCACGGGAAGUGGGUUUGCCGACGGGGUGGUUCUGAGGACAGGGUUGACACGGAGCGCCUCCCUCUCACGGACGACGGGGUUGCCGAAGAGGAGGCAGCGGUAUAGCGAGGGAAGCGGGCUGACUGCUGCUCAGAGACUUGGGAUAAAGACCCCGCCCCCAGCAAGAUUAUCAGCAUCUUCUAACACCAAGCCUGUAGUGCAAGACAGCCGGUAUGAUUACAUGAAUCAGCUCCCAUCAGCUGAUGUUAGGCAGAUCAGUGAGAAGAAACCUCGUCAAGUCCGAGAACCAGACGCCUCCUACAACAAAAGCCUUCCUGAGUACCUUCCUAUCAAGUCCCCAUCCAUCUCAGACGAUCGUUUCGAUGAUUUUGAUUUCUCACCGCCCGUCACUGUCACAGCAACCAAACAGGAGGUACUUCCCAAAGUUGAACGUACUCCCUCUCUAGAAUACAAGCUGACGAGGGCCAGUGCCAUAGCCGUAUACCCCUUCACAGCACAAAGCAAAAAAGAGCUGAGUUUCAAGAAGGGUGAUACCAUUUACCUGACGAGGGAGAUAGAUAAGAACUGGGUGGAGGGAGAGCAUCACGGCAAUAAAGGCAUCUUCCCAAGGACAUAUGUAGAGAUUGUAACCAGUAUUGAAGAAGCAAGGAAUCUGCAAGUCAACGCACCAAGCGCAGAAGGAAAAGGCAGAGCUAAGUACAGAUUCAAAGGAGAAACAGCCAAUGAGCUUUCAGUCAAUAAGGGUGAGAUUGUGGAUCUGGUGAGGAAGAUAGAUAAUAACUGGUGGGAGGUUCGUCAUGGCAACAAGGCUGGCAUUGUACCGGUGGCUUAUCUGGAUGUACUAAGAGAACCACAGCAAGGGUUGUCAUCACCCCAGCCAAAGUCUCCUGCCAGCUCUGGUGGUGGGCGUGGCCCUCUGAGCCCCAACCAGGCACCCCGGUCUCCCUCCAUCCAGGCACACCGGUCCCCCUCAACCCAGGCACCCCGAUCCCCCUCCACCCAGGCACCCCGAUCCCCUUCAGCACCGGCAGAUAAUCUCUACCAACCCAGUAGUCCUUACCAGUCGGAUACGCCUACACUUGGUAGACAGCAACCCUCCCACCAGAACAGGGCGGGGCAAGGAUCGAGGAGUGGUGGUGGUGGUGGUGGUCAGAGGGGGAUGCAACCAACAGGUGGCAGACCUGCUCAGAAUGCUGGCUUCCAUCAAAAACGUCCCGAUGGUGAAAGAUUCCGUGCAGUGUACAGCUACCAGCCUAGCAACGAUGAUGAGCUAGAGAUCAUGGAAGGAGAAACGGUGGUUGUCAUGGAGAAAUGUGAUGAUGGUUGGUAUGUGGGAUUCUCAGAAGCAACAGGACGAUUCGGUACCUUCCCUGGGAACUACGUGCAGAGACUAUAACAUGUCACAAAGAAAGAGCUCAACAUCCUAGCAAUCCUGAGACAAACAAGAUGAUGAAACAAGAUUACAAGAUGAAUUUUGACAAGAUGGAAGCCUUACCAACCACUGUAAAAGUAUCAUCAUUGGAUUGGUAGUCCAUCAUUAUUUAUUCAUCGAGGCACAUGGGCACCUUUCCAGUAUCUAGAUUGAAACUACAUGAUUGGGCAGAUGAGACAAGAAAUGAAACAAGUAUUAACCCUUUGCUUGUGGGAACCUGGUGGUCCCUGUGUUAAGCCUAUGGGACCUGUAAAAUUCAGUAGUCAACGGCUUAAGCCAUGACUCAACUACACUGGUUGUCUGAUUCUUACAUGUAUGUACCAUGCAUGCAUUGUUCCAUACACACCACUCUGCUGUCCAUACUGUGUGUAUUGUCAUGCCGUGUUUUAAUCUACAGAUAGAUGAGACAAAAAAUGAAACAAGUAUUAAGCCAUGACUCAACUACACUGUUUGUCUGAUUCUUACAUGUAUGUACCAUGCAUGCAUGCAUUGUUCCAUACACACCACUAUGCUGUCCAUACUGUGUGUAUUGUCAUGCCGUGUUUUAAUCUACAGAUAGAUGAGACAAAAAAUGAAACAAGUAUUAAGCCAUGACUCAACUACACUGUUUGUCUGAUUCUUACAUGUAUGUACCAUGCAUGCAUGCAUUGUUCCAUACACACCACUAUGCUGUCCAUACUGUGUGUAUUGUCAUGCCGUGUUUUAAUCUACAGAUAGAUGAGACAAGAAAUGAAACAUGACUCGACUACACUGUUUGUCUGAUUCUUACAUGUAUGUACCAUGCAUGCAUUGUUCCAUACACACCACUAUGCUGUCCAUACUGUGUGUAUUUUCAUGCCAUGUUUUAAUCUACAGAUAGAUGAGACAAGAAAUGAAACAUGACUCGACUACACUGUUUGUCUGAUUCUUACAUGUAUGUACCAUGCCUUCAUACACCACUAUGCUGUCCAUACUGUGUGUAUUGUCAUGCUGUGUUUUAAUCUAUGGAUGGAUAGGUUAACUGAAAAUGUACAAUGUACAUUUAGGUCCCAUUUCAUUAAACUUAUUGUCAAUACCAAGUUGCAACUCCUGUUAUAAGCUACUGCAAUUGUUGCAUUUAAUAGGCUGUGAGCAAAAUUUGUUACAGGAAUGUGAUACUUGUUAUUGAUAAAAAGUUGAAUAAAUUAGGGCCCUAUUGGACAUGGGUGUUAAGUUAUCAGACAAUAAUUUCAUGAAUAGAUUCACAUUGAUAUUUUGAUCAAUCAUCGAUUGGAUUUAUAUUUUGUACAAUUAUGUACAGAUUUUAUUCUCAGCUUGUGGCAUGUGUUUCUUUCAAUGAUUAUUCUUAGAUCACUUGCAAUGAAUUUCAAGAUAAAAACUACACCAGGAAGGUGCAUAUUGUCUUUCUUAUUAUGCAGACAUUAAAAACAGAGUUUGAUGUAUGCUGUAAAAUGGAACAUGGAACUUAAAAGAUAAGGGGAUUGAAGCAAAAAACUUGUAAGUUUUCUCAAAACAACCAUAAAUGUUAAUGUGGUAUGAAGGGUUAACUAAUGGUGAUCUAGGGAUGGUUUCAAAGAUACUAAGUGGAUGAAAAUUGAUAUAACAUGGAAUUAACUCUGAAAUGUUUGAUAAAAUGGAUGCUAAACUAGUAAAAGUACUAGGUACGUCUUGAAAAGAAUGGCAGAUAAUGUGGACGGUGGUGUUAAGAACUUUUUUUACAAGAAUUUUCAAAUAAUAUAAAAAGAACAUUGAAUAAAAAGAGAAAAACUAUUUUUUUUUGUGAACUGCAUGAUUGUGAAAUAUACAAGGGUGAGCAUUUUAUCUCAUUUCUAAAGCUUUGUAAUCUUAGAAUCUUGUGUUUUUAGAAAUCUCAUAGCUUUAAUGUGUGAACGAUAUUUUACAGAAUAAGUUAUAUAAUUAUUUAGAUGUUCUUCUUCUGUAUAUUGUAUAUUUAUUUCAGAAGUUGAUUUGUAACAAAUAGCAUGUAUCAGGAUGUAAUGAUCACAACAUUUGCAUCAGACACUCAAUAUGCUAUUAUUCUAGAAUAUUAUUUCUUCUUUUUCUCAUUUUUUAUUUACUUUAUUGUGCAUGUUAUAUAUAUAAAGCAGUCAGAUUCAUAUGUUUAUAUUUCAUCCAGUGUAAGUUUGGUCUGUGUUGCUCUGUUAUGUCAGGUAACUUCUUAUUGUCCCUUGAAUACUACACUACCUGUGUGGAGUUUAAAAAUGUUCUAUUUUAUUGAGUUAACUGUUACAUGGCAUUCUGGAUUCAUUAUUCCCAAGUUUGUAAUUCAAUGGAGAGAAAAAAUAGCCAAAGGUGAUAAAAAGGCAGUAGAAAAGACCACAGAUGUAGAAUUAAAGAUUUGAGGAAGAUAUAGUCAGAGAGUAGAUUAUACGAGUGUACAUUUGUACAUUUGAUUCCAAAAUAUACAUUAAAAUAUAAGCAUCUGAAACACUCUGUUAUAUUUUUUUCUCUUUCAUUAAGAUUACAAGAUUGAUCCCAUAAAAUUGCGAAAGAUAAGGUUCACAAAUUCAUAAAACCAAAACCUAUAGUGUAUGUGCCUACGUGGUACUUUCUUCAUAAGCCUUGUGAUGUUGAUUCACAGUAUAUAGUCAGUACUGUUUUAGUUUAAUUCAGUAGUACCAUACUUAUCAUAGUCUUGUAGUUCUAUCUAAAAAAGAAAAAAAUAUUUUGAUAGCUCAUGUUGUUAAAAAAUAUACUUUUUACUUGAAUCCCUAUUCAGGUCCACAACAUUCUAGUGAAACUCAUGAACAAGAAAGGUACUCCUUUCCUUAAUAUUUUUAAUUUUUUAAUUUUAAAUAUUAGCACUGCCAAUAUUUAAUGAUUGUGAUUUAAUUCUUGGGUUAUAAUCAUGAACAUAGAUAUUUUGGAAUUUGAACCUUCUAAAUCAUGUAAAGUUUAUAUCAAAAUCAAAUCACUGCAGAAAAUGUUUGCAAUUAAAAUAACAUCAUUUUAAACUAUGCAAUGAGGUAUCAUUAAAUUGCCAUUUAAGAAUAAAGUAUUAAUUCUUGAUUUAGAUUAGUAAUAAAUUAUGUGUGUCUACAACCCCCCAUGACGAUUAUCAAUUGGACUGCAUGUUUUUCUGUUUUCUACGCAUGUCUUGAUGAUGUAUUAAAUUGUUCUUGGAAUCCGUCAGGCAUAAUGGUGAUUGGUUUGUUACUCAGCUCACUGCAGCAAUGGAAGCAUGAAGAAAUAAUCAGGAUCUUGUCUUCAUUCUCUGCUUUAAAAUCAAAACUACUUGAUCGCUAAAACUGUUCAUGCUAUAUGAUUACCUGCUGAUAUCAAACAUAGUCUAUGAAGACAUUAUUUUGUUCAAAAUCAAAUUGGAAUAAUUGACUUUUUAUUGAAAAUGACUUUACAGAGUUGAAGGCUCUAGGUUUUUGCAAUUUUACCAUCGUCUUUCUAUGAAAUUAAAUUGUAAGUAAUGCCCUGUUGUAAAAGAAUUCUUUAAACAUCUGUAGGUGCACAUGUAUUACCUUAGUAUUUUGGAAAAUCAUACAGUCGGUGUAGGUUACUAAGGAGCUGUGUUACCAUUGCUAUUGAUUUGUGAUGUACAACCCCUUUCUGCGUAUCGAGAUGAAAGAUGAAAGAAAUUGUAUAAACUUAUAUUAAAUGCUUUUUGGGUGCAUUAUUUCUGUAUCAUUUGACUGGACAUUAUCCAGUAAAGAAGGGCUGUAUACCUAUGAAAGUGGGGCUAUGGGAAUGCACCUUUUCUGCUAAGCAGUAAACAAAUGGUUUGUGAAUGGAAAUCUGAUUGUGUAGACAAGCAUUACUGGUAUAUAGUUAUACUGCUAUGCUGUGAGAAGAGGCUGUCUAACUACAAUACAAAGAAGAUCGGCAAUGUGUAUGUGCUCCUGUUAAUGAAACCAGUAAACCAUGUUGUGAGGGAUUCCACAUCCAUGUUUUGUAGAGGCCCAUCCUCACUGCCGUUUACAUGUACUAUGCCUGCAGUCACAGUAGUGUGAAUAUAUUUUGAGCACCCCGGCCUCGAUACUCUGUAUAGAUGUGUGUUGUCUCCAUAUUUAAUUGUACUCUAUUGUGAUGUGAUCAAAAUUUAAUUUAUUCAAAAACAAUGUACUAGUAUGUCUAUAUGAGUGACUGCCUACAAUGUACUAGUAUGUCUAUGUGAGUGACUGCCUACAAUGUACUGGUAUGUUUAUGUGAGUGACUGCCUUGUAAUUUCAUAAAAUUGUUAGAGAGAAUGAGAGCAAGAUGUUUUGCUUGAAUGU